AUGACUUCUCGCAGAACCAGUAGCGCUUUUACGAAUUUCUCGGAGAUUCCUAAACUUUCUGAUUUGUUUCAAGAUAUAUUAGAGAAUUCCAUUUUGACUGGCAUUCCUCAGAUUGCUUUGGCUAAGAAGAAAUCGAGGAAGAUUUUAAAAGUUGUGGUCCUAUUCGGAUGUAUCGCUGGAUUUCUCUAUCAGCUUUCUGCUUUUCUGAUAAUAUAUUGGGCAUAUCCAACAUUAGUUGAUGUCCAGAUUACUAAGCCUUUGAUGGUUGAUAUGCCUUCUAUAACAAUAUGUAAUAGAAAUGGUAUACGACGCACCAGUUUCUGCAAGAAAUUUCCAUCGGAAUGCGAAUUACCAAAUAAUAUGACAACAUUUUGUGAACAAUAUCCUUACGUGUGUAAUGCGGCUAAGACAGAAGAAGACAUGAUGAAACCGAAGCUAGAAGCCAUCGAUAGGGAAGAAACAGUAACACGUGACUUGCUUUUAGAUAUAGGUCACGCUUCGUAUCCUCUAAUUUCUCAAUGUACUUUUGGCACAGGAAAAGAUGAAUUCCAAAUAUGCGACAACGAGACAUUUCGCUAUUAUGCAUUUUUAGACAUAUAUCAAAGAAGCAAAUUGUGUCACAUUAUAAAUCCGAGGUGGUCUAAAAAAGAGCUGAAGUUACCUCGAGUGCCCCUUCACGAAGUUUUGACCAUUGUCGUGGACUUCGAACCCACUGAAGCAUUUCAACUGGAUCGUAGAAUUGGUGGUCAAGCAGCACUACAUUCUCCAUAUAGCAUUAUAAACCCAUUUAUUGAAGGUUUUACUAUUACACCAUCUAAACUUUAUUUAGUUCAUUUAAAAGAGAUUAUAAAGCAUCUUCUUCCAUCUCCCUAUUUAACAAACUGUACCAACUACAAAAAACUAUGGAAGAGAAGACUCGGAAGAGGACCAUUAAGUCGCGAGAUGUGUAUAGAAGAAUGUUUAAUGAAUGCCACGUUGGAUCACUGUGGUUGCGUCAAGACAUCCAGCAUCUAUCCUCAUUACGAAAAGUUCUGUCACGAAGUGGACAUACCCUGUACCGAUAAAAUUAAUUAUAGUCAUUGUUUUAUUGCUUGUGGACCGGCAUGCCAUUCGAUAUCAUUUGAAGUGAAUAUACAAGAAGAGAAUAUAGAAGUCGGGAUAGAGAGCACAAAUGCUACCACUUUAUGGAACCAAACUGCGAUAAUUUUAUUAUUUUUUAAGAAAUCAGAUUUAGUAAUUUAUACGUACAGACCAAAAUAUGAAAGCAUUGAAUUCUUCAGUUACGUUGGUGGUUAUAUUGGCAUAUGGUUAGGGAUGUCUCUAAUUGCUGUGUUCGACUUCCUGGAAGCUUUAUCUUCCUUAGUUAUUCCUAUAAAAAUGAAAAUCAAACGAGCUUGUGCGAAUCCCCUACAAACUCUGAAGUCUGCUUCAUCUAGAGAUUGUAUUUUAUCAGUUACACCUUAUCCUUAUAGAGAUAACAUGAAUUCACAACUCUCAGUGAGGACAAGAUCCAUGCCACGAGCAUGGGAAUGAAUAGUUAAAAAUAAUAAAAGAAUAUCUCUCAUAUCUUUCGUGGAGAAUCGUUGAUGGAUAAUGGCAAGAAUCAAUACAAAAUUCAAUUAUAAAUUUUAAUUUUCUGCUAUAAUUGUUAAUAUUGUUAGCACUUAUCAUUCUAAAUAUAUUCAGCCAUUAAUUUUAAGUACUCUUCUAUUGUAAUUAUGCAAAUUUUCCAUAAAAUGGUCGUGAAAACUAAAUAUAUUGUACGUUGCACUUUGUGAUUGAAUAUAAUUUAUAGAUCCCUUGCAGUCUGCUUCUUCUAGAGAUGGAAUUUUAUCAGUUAUUCUUGUGAAGAUAACGUAAAUUUACAAUUUCCAGCGAGGACCAGAUGUAUGCCAAGUGCAUAGGACCAUGGGAUGAGCAUGGGAAAUUAAUUGUUUCAAGGUAAAGUUUAGAAUCCCAAUUCAUCUUGGUAACAUUAUGUAAUUUGGUAUUGCAUCGAAGGAUACGGGUUCGAUUCCCAUUAAAAGACAGGAUAAAGAUGUUUUUCUAGUUAGGAAACAAACAUUUUAUUGAAGGAGCUGUUAUAAAUGUGUUAUGAUAGCUUAAGUAAAUGAUAUUUUAUUAAAAAGCAUGGUUGAACUUCAUGUUAUAAGAUAAGAUAAACGUAUCCUGAUAAUUAUACUAUUAUAAUUUC